CGGAGAGAGAAAGAGAAAAACAUUUUUGCACGUAUCAAGCUCAAUUUCACCCGUUCUGCUCGAUAGCCCUGCUGUUAACUUCAACUUUUACCGUCUUUGUCCAUGCAGUGCUUCUUAUUUUCCCGCAGAGAUGCGAAACAGACAGUAAAAUUCGUAAAAUGUAGAAUGUGAAAUGAAAACAGGAUGGAAAGUUUUCAAAUCCAGCUGAAGGAGUCUGUUACCGAGCAAUGCUUUACUGUCGAUGUUGUCGAAAAGCUUUGAAGAAGAAACUCAGUGUUGAAGUCUUUGUUUUGCAUUACUAGUAAGCGUUUUUCUUUUAUUUUCUGCAGUUCACUUGUCAGGGAAACGCCUUUCAGCAUUAAAGUCAGGAAUGAGAAGCUGGUUUACAAUGGCAGUCACUUUGUCAAGCAUCACGCUGACAUCCUGACUGCUCGGCCGUGGAGAGACACUUUUAACAAUCCAACAUGUGCAACACAUGCUGGAUACUGCACAGACAGCAGUGAAGUAUGCUAUCCGGAUUGCACCUUGUUCAUAUUCCUAGCACCAAUUUCAUUACUUUGUACAUCACGGAUUACGCAUGGCUGUUAGGACAGAAGGAUUGUGUGUUUAAUUAACUAGUGGCACAGUGGACAUCAGCCACGUUUUCUGAUCUAGUCACCUCCAGUUUUACACAGAGGCCCCUUCAAUCUGCGGUGGAAACUAAUGUCUGCCAGUAGUAGCACGUCUCCUCUGACCUUACCUAAACCCUUCGUCCACUCUCAGCAUCAGACUGCACCCCCUACCCCCACUCCAUCACCCAGCCCACCGGUGCCACUCUGUGUCCGCCUCUCCAAUGGGAAUCACAGUGUUCCGAGCCCCACUAGCUCCAUCCAUGGAGUCUCGUUCCUCCUUCAGAUCGGACUUACCAGGGAGAUGGUCACCCUGGAACCGCACGAUCUGUCGCUCAGCUCUGUGAAGGAUUUGGUCUGCUCCAUAGUCGAUCAAAAGUUCCCAGAAUGUGGAUUCUUUGGCUUGUAUGAUAAGAUCUUGCUCUUCCGCCAUGAUCUGAACUCGGACAACAUCCUCCAGCGGUUAAUGUGUGCAGAGGAUAUUCAUGAGGGAGAUCUGAUUGAGGUCGUCCUUUCUGCUCUAGCUACAGUGGAAGAUUUCCAGAUCCGACCUCAUGCGCUUUACGUCCAUUCCUACAAGGCACCAACCUUCUGUGACUACUGUGGUGAGAUGCUAUGGGGACUUGUACGACAGGGCCUUAAAUGUGAAGGUUGUGGACUGAACUAUCAUAAGCGAUGUGCCUUUAAGAUCCCUAACAACUGUAGUGGUGUAAGGAAAAGACGUCUCUCCAAUGUGUCUCUGCCUGGCCCCUCGCUGUCUGUUCCUCGUGCCACACCAACUGAUGCUUACUUGGGCCUGGAAGAGCAGCGCCCCCAUCAGGAGCCAAGUAAGCGGAUACCGUCAUGGAGUGGCCGGCCAAUCUGGAUGGAGAAGAUGGUGCUGGGCCGAGUGAAGGUGCCGCACACCUUUGUCAUUCACACGUACACGCGUCCCACCAUAUGCCAGUACUGCAAACGGCUGCUCAAAGGGCUCUUCCGUCAGGGCAUGCAGUGCAAGGAUUGCAAGUUCAAUUGCCACAAGCGAUGUGCUUCAAAGGUACCAAAAGAUUGUCUUGGAGUCUUCAAUGGAGAGCCAGCCAGUCCAGGUCCAGACUCUGAUACCACAAUGGAAGUUGACAGCAGUGAUGUGAACAGUGACAGCAGUCGAGGGCUGGAUGACUCUGAGGAACCCACCACACCAGAAGACAAGAUCUUUUUUAUGGACUCGCCCUUUAUGGACCGUGAGAAAGAUGAAGAACCUGUGAAAACCAUCAGUCCAUCCACCAGCACCAAUAUCCCACUGAUGCGUGUGGUCCAAUCCAUCAAACAUACCAAGAGGAGAAGCUCCACCAUGGUCAAAGAGGGAUGGAUGGUGCACUACACCAGUCGAGACAAUCUUAGAAAGAGACACUACUGGAGACUGGAUAGCAAGAGCCUAACUCUAUUUCAGAAUGACUCGGGGGCCAAAUAUUACAAAGAGAUUCCCCUGUCAGAGAUCUUACAGGUGGAUAUUGCACACGACUUCAGUAGUUUAGCGCUGGGGGGCAAUCCGCACUGCUUUGAGAUCAUCACUGCCACCAUGGUUUAUUAUGUGGGAGAGAAUACCAUCGGCCACCACCUCCACAUCCACAACACUGCGCUGGCUGCCGGUGGCGUGGGGCUGGAGGUCGCGCAGGGCUGGGAGAGGGCCAUACGCCAGGCCCUGAUGCCCGUUCCAGUAACACCACAGCCCAGCAUCGGCGCCGCUGCAGGACAGAGUAAAGAUCACAAGGAACUAUCCAUCAGUAUUUCUGUGUCAAACAGUCAAAUCCAAGAAAACGUGGACAUCAGCUCAAUCUAUCAGAUCUUUGCUGAUGAAGUGCUGGGCUCUGGACAGUUUGGCAUCGUUUACGGAGGGAAACACAGAAAAACAGGAAGAGAUGUGGCCAUCAAGGUCAUUGACAAAAUGAGAUUCCCCACCAAACAGGAGAGCCAGCUGAGGAACGAGGUAGCAAUUUUACAGAAUUUGCAUCAUCCUGGCAUUGUAAACCUGGAGUGCAUGUUUGAGACUCCAGAAAGAGUCUUUGUUGUCAUGGAAAAACUCCAUGGAGACAUGUUGGAAAUGAUCCUCUCAAGUGAGAAGAGCAAACUUCCAGAGCGCAUUACCAAGUUCCUGGUCACACAGAUCCUUGUAGCUUUGCGACAUCUCCAUUUUAAGAACAUCGUUCACUGUGACCUGAAACCAGAAAAUGUGUUGUUGGCAUCUGCAGAGCCGUUUCCUCAGGUGAAACUGUGUGACUUUGGGUUUGCUCGCAUCAUUGGGGAAAAAUCUUUCCGCCGCUCAGUGGUGGGCACACCAGCGUACUUGGCCCCAGAGGUACUGCGGAGUAAAGGCUACAACCGUUCACUGGAUAUGUGGUCAGUAGGAGUCAUUAUCUACGUCAGCCUGAGUGGCACCUUCCCCUUUAAUGAGGAUGAGGACAUUAAUGACCAGAUCCAAAACGCAGCCUUCAUGUACCCACCAACUCCCUGGAAAGACAUCUCUGCAGAGGCCACAGAUUUGAUCAACAAUCUCCUCCAAGUCAAGAUGAGGAAGCGUUACAGUGUGGACAAGACCCUCAGUCAUCCAUGGCUACAGGACUACCAGACGUGGCUAGACCUGCGAGAGUUUGAAACACGCCGAGGGGAACGUUACAUUACUCAUGAAAGCGAUGAUGCCCGCUGGGAGAAGUACGCUUAUGAGCACAGUCUAAUGUACCCUAAGCACUUCAUUAUGGCUCCAAACCUUGAUGAUAUGGAUGAGGACCCCUAGUGGCCAAAUGAGUGAAAGGCAAUCAAAAGCAUCAAAGACAGCAUCUGGUCAAUGGUCUGUUGCUUCAGAGAUUAAAACACAUUGCCAAUCUUUGGCAGAAUGUGAUGGGAGCAAACUGUUAUAAGGCCAGCCAGGCAUCACACUGCUUUCUGGAACUCAACGAGAGCCUUGGAAACAUCUCUUACUGUGGAUCUAUAAUGCUAAUGACUAUGAAGAUGUUUUCAGUUAGUUAAGUAGAAGUAUUAAUUGGGAUUGCAUUCCAAAGUCUUAAUGACUGUUCUUUUCCAAAAGGUGCUGUUACAUUUGUUUCUUAUAGAGAUGCAUGUUAUGUCUGCUAAAACCCAGGUUUCUACAAAAUCUAUAGUUUAAUGAGAAGUUAGUUACGAAUGUGAAUGAAGUAAAACAUUGGUAAGAGUGAUCAAACUGGAAUAUGGAAUUUUUUUGUUUUUUUACUUUCUUACCCUUCUGUAAUUUUCUAUAUUCUAUAUGUAAUUGUCUUAAAACAAGAUUUCAAUUAUGGGUCGUUUUUUGCUCUAAACAAUACAACCACUGCAGCUGGUACAGUUAAAUUGUUAAGUGAGAUAAUGGCACACCAUUAUAGUGUAGGAGAUCAAUAACCCAGAGGAUCACAGUUAAAACAGCAGUGCUGUUCUCCAACCACAUGUCGAUGGAUGAAACAAGAAGCACACUUCAAAUACAGCAAGUUUGAAUGCAUUUCUGAACUGAAUCUGUCAGAUGGAAUGGGAGAUGUUAUCUUCAAAAUACCAAAGACUUUCUACGUUGUCUCUCUUUUUUUACAUUGUUCUAAAGCUGUUGUCCUCACCAGCAUUUACAGAGCCAAUCUUUUUAUUUAUUCCUCAUAUUGCAGUCUCAAAAAAGCUAGGCAGAGCAGAAAAACCAUGUCAGUCAAAAGCCUACUGUGCAAGGCCUAGCAUUUUUAUUUUUUUCAAAUAGAUGAAAAAAAAAAAAAAUUUGAAUUGAUUAAUUAAAAAACUUCUAACAACUGUUACUAGAUAAAGAAUUUGAGCAGUAUUAUGUUAUUUUCUUUCUUUCGGUCUGUACCAAUGAAUGAACCUUUCUAAUUAUGAAUCCCAGAACUGGAAUAUCUAAGAGGAAAUAUUUUGGUUUCAUUUGAUGUUUUUGUAAACACCACCUACUUUUUGAAAAGGAAGCUGGAUAAAUUGGUAGGGAUGGACAUUUUCAGUAAUUUUGUAGUCGAGUACUCUAACAGAAAAAAACAAGUAUUUGAUUGUUUGAAAUUUAGAAUUUAAGUUCAACCUUCAACAUUUGAACCCAUUUUUCAUAUGAAAUAAUUUGCACUAUGCAUAAAUAACAUCUAGAUUGACAGAAUUAUUAUUAUUUUUUUACUAUUUGCACUCACACAUAAAAGCAUACAUUCCAAGUCUUCUGAAGAGACAUGUUCACUUUAAACCAUUUAAAUUUUAUUUUGGGGCAAACUAAAGCCGUGCAUCCACAGCACCAACCAAUGUAAUGCAAUCCAUUCUCUUUUGGAGAGGGAAUCCGUUUUAUUUUUGUCCAAGUCAGGCAAAGGAACAAAAGAAAAAUCAAAUAGCAAUAUUGUUUUAUAUACACCGAUCAGCCACAACAUUAAAAGCACCUGCCUAAUAUCGUGUAGGUCCCCUAAUGCCGCUAAAAUGGCUCUGACCCGUCGAGGCAUGGGCCCCACAAGACUUCUAAAAGUGUACUGUGGUAUCUGGCCCCUAAACGUUAGCAGCAGAUCUUUUAAGUCCUGUAAGUUGUGAGGUGGAGGCUCCAUGGAUCGGACUUGUUGGUCCAGCACAUCCCAUAGAUGCUAAAUUGGAUUUAGAUCUAGGUAAUUUGGAGGCCAAGUCAACACCUUGAAAUCAAAUCAUUUUCCUCAAAUCAUUCCUGAACAAUUUUUGCUGUGGGGCAGGCCGUAUUAUCCUGCUGAAAGAGGCCACUGCCAUCAGGAAAUACCAUUGCUGUGAAGGGGUGUACAUGGUCUGCAACAAUCUUUAGGUAGGUAGUCCAUGUCAAAGUAACAUGCACAUUAAUGCCAGGACUCAAGUUUUACCAGCAGAAGAUUGCCAAGAGCAUCACUCUGCCUCCACACUUCUUCCCAAGGUGCAUUAUGUUCCCAUCACUUCCCCAGGUAAACGACGCAUGCGCACCUGGCCAUCCAUAUGAUCUAAAAUAAAAUGUGAUUCAUAAGACCAGGCCACCUUCUUCCAUUGCUCCAUGGUCCAGAUCGGAAGCUCACAUGCCAGCAUGGUGCGGUCUGCAUCUACACAGCCACAAACGCAGCAAGCUACGAUGCACUGUGUGAUCUGAAACCUUUCUAUAAUGACCAGUAUUACAUUUAUCAGCAAUUUGUGCUACAGUAGCUCUUCUGUGGGAUUGGACCAGAUGGGCUAGUCUUCGCUCCCCUCAUGCUUCAGUGAGCCUUGGGUGCCCAUGACCUUGUCGCCGGUUCACUGGUUGUCCUUCCUUGGACCACUUUUGGUAGGUACUAACCACUGCAAACCAAGAACACCCCACAAGACCUGCCAUUUUGGAGGUGCUCUGACCCAGUCGUUUAGCCAUCCAAUUUGGCCCUUGUCAAAGUUGUUUAUAUAGUCCCAAUAUAUAUGCCACCCCUUGACAGGUGCCAUUGUAAUGAGAUAAUAAAUGUUAUUAACUUCACCUGUCAGUGGUUUUAAUGUUGUGGCUGAUCAGUGUG